AGCAACUGGCCCACCACAAGGCGAUGAUGGAAGAAAUUGCCGGCUUUGAGGACCGUCUGAACAACCUGAAAACGAAAGGCGACACUUUGAUCAGCCAGUGUGCAGAGCACCUCCAAGCGAAACUUACACAACACGUGCAGGCGCAUCUGCAGGGCACGAGGGACAGCUACUCCGCCAUCUGCAGUACCGCCCAGCGGGUGUACCAGAGUUUGGAACAUGAACUUCAGAGGCAUGUCAGUCGCCAAGACACGCUGCAGCAAUGCCAGGCCUGGCUUUCUGCCAUCCCAACCUGAUUUAAAGCCAAGCCCGCACCCACCUCUGAGCAGGGCAGAAGCUGUGAAGCAGGUCAAGCACUUCAGAGCUUUGCAGAAGCAGGCCAGGACCUACUUGGACCUCCUCUGCUCCAUGUGCGACUUGUCGAACUCUUCAGUGAAAACCACGGCAAAAGACAUUCAACAAACAGAGCAAAUGAUCGAACAAAGGCUUGCCCAGGCUCAGACCUUAACUCAGGGCUGGGAGGAGAUCAAGCACAUGAAGGCUGAGCUUUGGAUUUACCUCCAGGACGCCGACCAGCAACUGCAGAAUAUGAGGCGGAGACACGCAGAACUGGAGCUCAACAUUGCACAGAACAUGGUUUCCCAAGUGAAGGAUUUUGUUAAGAAGCUACAGUGCAAACAGGCGUCGGUGACGGCUAUUAAGGAAAAGGUGGAUGAGUUAACCAAGAAGCAGGAGUCUCCGGAACACAAGGAGAUCAGUCAUCUGAACGACCAGUGGCUGGAUCUGUGCCUUCAGUCCAACAGCCUGUGCUUGCAAAGGGAAGAGGAUCUCCAGAGGACAAGAGACUACCAUGACUGCAUGAGCGUCGUCGAGGUGUUCUUAGAAAAAUUUACUACAGAAUGGGAUAACUUGGCCAGAUCCGAUGCGGAGAGCACCGCGGUCCACCUGGAAGCUCUGAAGAAGCUGGCGUCGGCCUUGCAGGAGAGGAAGCAGGCCAUUGAGGACCUGAAAGACAGAAAGCAGAGCGUGAUCGAGCAUCUGAAUUUAGAUGACAGGGACCUAGUCAAAGAGCAGACCCGUCACCUUGAACAGCGUUGGUCUCAGCUGGAGGACCUCAUUACUAGGAAAAUCCAAGUCUCGGUCGCCAACCUGGAGGAGCUGAGCGUGGUGCAGGCCAGGUUCCAGGAGCUGAUGGAGUGGGCGGAGGAGCAGCAGCCCAGCAUCGCCGAGGCCCUCAAGCAGAGCCCCCCUCCCGACGUGGCUCCCAACCUUCUGAUGGACCACCUCACCGUCUGCAGUGAACUGGAGGCCAAGCAGAUGCUCCUGAAAUCCCUCACGAAGGACGCGGACAGGGUGAUGGCGGAUCUCGGCCUGAACGAGCGGCAGGUCGUCCAGAAGGCGCUCGCCGACGCACAGAGGCAUGUCCAUUGUCUCAGUGACCUCGUGGGCCAGAGACGCAAGUACCUGAACAAGGCCCUGUCCGAGAAGACCCAGUUUCUCAUGGCGCUGUUCCAGGCGACCAGCCAGAUCCAGCAGCACGAGCGAAAGAUACUGUUUCGCGAGCACAUCUGCCUGCUACCGGACGACGUGAGCAAACAGAUCAAAGCCUGUCGGAGCGCCCAGGCCAGCCUCAAGACCUACCAAAGUGAAGUCACUGGCCUCUGGGCGCAGGGCCGUGAGUUGAUGAAAGGAGCCACGGAGCAGGACAAGGGCGAGGUGCUGGGCAAGCUCCAGGACCUGCAGGGCGUGUACGACGCCGUCCUGCAGAAGUGCAGCCAGAGGCUCCAAGAGCUGGAGAAGAGCUUCGUCUCCAGGAAGCAUUUCAAGGAAGAUUUUGAUAAAGCUUGUCACUGGCUGAAACAAGCAGACAUUGUCACCUUUCCUGAGAUCAACCUAAUGAAUGAGAGUUCAGAGCUGCAGGCGCAACUGGCCAAGUACCAGCACCUCCUCGAGCAAUCUCCGGAAUACGAAAGCCUCCUCCUGACCCUGCAGAGGACCGGGCAGGCCAUACUGCCCUCGCUGAGCGAAGUCGAUCAUUCCUACCUGGACGAGAAGCUGAACGCUCUGCCCCAGCAAUUUAAUGUCAUCGUCGCCUUGGCCAAAGACAAGUUCUACAAGGUCCAGGAAGCCAUUCUCGCUCGGAAAGAGUACGCCUCCUUGAUCGAGCUGACCGCCCAGUCUCUGAGCGACCUGGAGGACCGGUUCCUAAAGAUGAGCCCCGUCCCCAGCGCCCUGACGGUGGAGGAGGCGCUGUGCCUUCAGGAGGGCUGCAGGGCGCUCCUGGGCGAGGUGGCGGGCCUCGGGGAGGCCGUGGAUGAGCUGAGCCAGAAGAAGGAAAGUUUCCGCAGCACAGGGCAGCCGUGGCAGCCCGACAGGAUGCUGCAGCUUGUCGCCUCGUACCACAGGCUGAAGCGGCAGACAGAACAGAGGGCGAGCUUACUGGAGGACACCACGGCUGCGUAUCAAGAGCACGAGAAGAUGGGCCAGCAGCUGCGGAAACAGCUGGAGGCCGUGCGGGCAGAGCAGUCCCAAGUGAACGAGGAGACGCUGCCCGCGGAGGAGAAGCUCAAGCUGUAUCACUCCCUGGCGGGAAGCCUCCAGGACUCGGCGAUUCUGCUCAAACGCCUGGCCAUGCAUCUCGAAGAUCUGGUCCCACACCUCAGCCCCUCGGCUUACGAGAAAGCCAAGCAGCAGAUCCAGGCCUGGCAGGAGGAGUUAACACUGCUGACGGCGGCCAUUGGCGCCACCGUGACCGAGUGUGAGAGCCGCAUGGUGCAGAGUAUAGACUUCCAGACCGAGCUGAGCCGCUCCCUGGCCUGGCUGAGGGGUGUGCAGGCGGAACUCGGCGGGCCCGUGUGCCUCGACCUGAACCUCCGGGACAUCCAGGAGGAGAUCAGGAAGGUCCAGAUUCACCAGGAAGAGGUGCAGUCCAGCCUCAGGAUCAUGAAGGCCCUGAGCGACAAGGAGACGGAGAGAUUCACCAAAGCCAAGGAGCUGAUUUCCGCCGACCUGCAGCACACGCUGGCCGAGCUCUCGGAGCUGGACGGAGACAUUCAGGAAGCUUUACGCACCAGGCAGGCGACGUUGACUCAAAUAUAUAGUCAAUGUCAAAGGUACUAUCAAGUGUUUCAAGCCGCGAGCGACUGGCUUGAGGAUGCCCACGAGAUGCUGCAGCUGGCAGGCAGUGGCCUGGACGUGGAGAGUGCGGAGGACACUCUCAGAAGCCACACGGAGUUUUUUAGCGCAGAGGAUCAGUUCCAGAGUAACCUGGAGGAGCUCCACGGCCUGGUCGCCACCCUGGACCCACUCAUCAAGCCAACUGCCAAAGAGGAGCUCGCACAGAAAAUGACGACCCUGGAGGAGAAGAGCCGGAGGAUGAUCCAGGACUCCCACGCCCAGCUCGAUCUCUUGCGGAGGUGUGCGGCUCAGUGGCAGGAUUACCAGAAAGCAAGGGAAGAGGUUAUCGAAUUGAUGAAUGCUGCCGAAAAGAAGUUGUCUGAAUUCUCUUUACUGAAGACUUCUUCUAGUCGUGAAGCAGAAGAAAAACUGUCCGAGCACAAGGCUUUAGUGUCAGGGGUUCACUCCUUCCACGAGAAAAUCGUGGCCCUGGAGGGUGAGGCUUCGCAGCUGGAGAAAGCCGGGAACGACGCCAGCAAAGCGACCAUCGGCAGGUCCAUGACCACGGUCUGGCAGCGCUGGGCGCGGCUCCGGGCGGUGGCCCAGGACCAGGAGAAGAUCCUGGAGGACGCGGCAGAUGCGUGGAAGAACCUCGGCAAGAAGGUUAAGAAAGCCACUGACACGAUCAAUCAGCUAGAAGGCAAAUUACCGGAAAGUUCGGCCGAGAAAGCCUCAAAAGUGGAACUCUUAGCUCUUCUGGAGCAUCACGACACGUUCACGCUGGAGCUGGACCAGCAGCAGGCGGCCCUCGGCAUGCUGCGGCAGCAGGCGCUGAGCAUGCUCCCGGAUGGGGCCGCUCCACCCCCCGGGGAGGAGCCACCCGUCAUGCAGGAAAUCACAGCCAUGCAAGAUCGGUGCCUGAACAUGCAGGAGAAAGUGAGGAGUCACGGCAAGGUGGUGAAGCGGGAGUUGAAGGACCGAGAAGGGGUGGAGACUCAAAUCAAUUCUGUGAAAUCUUGGGUUCGGGAAACGAAGGAAUAUUUGGAGAAUCCAACAAUAGAAAUAGAUGCUCAACUUGAAGAACUUCAGAUUCUCCUAACAGAAGCCACAAAGCACCGACAGAACAUUGAGGCAGUAGCCGAGGAGCAGAAGACCAAGUACUUGGGUCUUUAUGCUAUACUACCUUCUGAGCUCUCCUUACAGCUAGCGGAGGUGGCAUUGGACCUAGGAACUGUCCAUGACCAGAUCCAGGACAGAGUAAAACAAAUUGAACAGAGCAAGGCCACGAGCCAGGAGUUCAGCCGGCAAAUUCAGAAGAUAACCAAAGAUCUCACAACUAUUCUAACUAAGCUGAGAGCAAAGACAGAUAACUUAGUUCAAGCUAAAGCUGACCAAAAGGUGUUAGGGGAGGAAUUGGAUGCCUGUAACUUAAAGUUAAUGGAACUGGAUGGAGCCGUACAAAAGUUCUCGGAACAGAAUGGCCAACUGGGUAAGCCGCUGACCAAGAAGGUCGGGAAACUGACGGAACUCCACCAGCAGACCAGCAGGCAGGCCGAGACUCGGUGCUUCAAGCUCAGCCAGGCAACAUCACAUUUAAAAGAAUACAAUGAACUGCUUGAAUUCAUUUUGAAGUGGAUUGACAAAGCUAAAGUAUUGGUACAUGCAAAGAUUGUGUGGAAUUCUGCAAAACAACUUCGGGAACAAUACAUUUCACAUCAGGUAACUUGGGGGAAAAUAGUUUUCAAAGAGUAACUAAAGGAGCAGCUUAAUUUAAGUGAGAAAACUUAGAGGUCUGUAAUGCCAAAUUACUGUAGGUGCUAGAUUAAAAAAAGAGAAAGAAAGAAAAAAAAAAAAAAGAAAGG